AUUUAUAUAUAAAUUAUAUAAAUGUAUAUAUACGCAUAGAAAGUUUUACAAUUUGAACUAUAAUCGGUUAUUAAAAUGGGUAAUUCCGCGUCUAAUGAAAAGCAGCAGCAAAAAUAUGUUUCAUUGACUCCUCAAGAACAGCGCAUUUUAGAAAAUUCAUUUAAGUUACUUGCCUGCGGGGGGAACACCAAAGAUAUUAAGACUGAGCAAAUAAGAAUUGCUUGGCGUGCAAUAGUUGGUGAUGUUAUAACGGAAUAUAUUAUAAAUUUCUUUAAUAGUAGACCAAAAAAAGCCAACAGUCAAAAUCCCUCGUCUAUUGAUUACUCUUUAUACAUAGAACCUUAUUUGAUUAUGGAAAAAUAUGACAAAACGCAACAGAUUAAUUUUUUGGCAAAUUCACUAAGUGAAAAAGGCACGUCCACAGACGGAAAUCUCGUUUUAGAGGAAGUACGAAAGUACGUUAGCGCCGUUGUUAAAACUUACAUUAGAGCUUUGCCUUUUUAUUGUAAAAGUUUUGAAACCUGGAAGAAGCAUGAUUAUCGCUAUGAGGACCAAACGGCCGAAAGCCUUGCAAAUGCGUUUUUAAAACAGUUUUACAAGGAGUCGAAAACAUUGAUUUUGGAAGAAGAAUUGGAGAAGUUUCUGCAAUAUAAUUUCAGCUUUCAAAUCAUGUGGCGCGAAAUUAUCGCUUAUAUUUAUGGUUAUAGAGCACCGGAUCGAUUAGAGAAAUUAUUAGUCAAUACGGAACCAUUAUUACCUGCUCUCGAGGGCCUAACUGAAGCGCACAAAAACUAUAAGCCUAUAAUGGAAAUUCCUCACAUUAUUUACAUGAAUUCCCAUUUGCAUUACACUUUGAGAAGCAAAUGGCGUUUUCUGUUCUCUUCAAAAAUUAUGGGUGAAAGUUUUUCUACAAUGCUGGGUAAAAUAUUAAAUAGAGGACCGACAAUGGUGGUGGUGGAAGAUGAAGACAAUUAUCUAUUUGCUGGUUUUGCACCACAGUCUUGGAGUAAAGGCUUAAAUUUUGGAGGCGAUGAUACAUCGAUGUUGCUCACACUGCGCCCAGAAAUGCGAAGCUUUCCGAGCACUAAAUACAAUGACCAUUUUCAGUAUUUGCAUAUAAAUCAGCAAACUUUGCCAAAUGGCUUGGGCAUGGGCGGCCAAUUCAACUAUUGGGGCUUGUGGUUGGACAGUGAAUACGGCAAAGGUCAAAGUUCGGAGACAUGCACAACGUUCAGGGACUACGUUCAGUUGAGCAAGCAAAAGGAAUUUCGUAUUAAAAACGUAGAAGUAUGGGGUGUAGGAGAUGAACCGAAGCUCAGCGAAGACAGCGACGAAGAUAUAAAUGAUACGAACAAAAAGUCUGUUUUGGAUAAAAAUUUAGAAGAUCGUGUUAUGUUACAAAUGUCGGGUCAUAAAAUGCAUUCCGAAGGUCUAAGAGAACCCGAGAUGGACUUGUAAGACUUGUAAAAUUAAAGUUACGCUUGUUUUUGUUUAAAUUUCCCAAUUUCCUGAAAACGUAAAAAUAAAGACUUUAUAAUGUUUAACCUCUUA